AAUAUAAAAUACUCCAAUAAAACAUAUUUAAUUAUAUGUUUAGAGUCCUUUUCAAAAGGGAGCUGAUUCGUCGUGUCAUUGUAUAUGCAUGGUGCAUCCUAUAUCGAAUCGCCAUUGAAGAACCAUCACUGUACUUAGAGAUCUUAAACACACUUCAAAACGCAUGUAAUUUCUCCUUCUCUUCAUUCAACCGAUACACACGUCGGCGGUGAUCAUAUCUUCAGCCGGAGGCUCCGACCAAAGAAAAUCUUAAGCCGUGGCUCAUCCGUCAUCGCAACGCCAACAGAACAACAACCACCUCUUAAGAAGAAGAACCGCCUCUUCUAAUUCGUCGGAUUCACCGUCAUCAAGCCCUACUCAAUUCUCAUCGUCGGAAAAGGAUCUAGACCUACCGCUUUGGCCACGAAAUAAGUUAACCGUAAUUUUACUUUUAAUGGCGUUAUCGUUCUUCUUCGGUAUCACUAUUUUCCUAUUCGUAACCCUAGAAUCAGAUCACCUGACGUCUCAUGUCGACGCUGCCACUUCCGAAGGCGUAGAGGUUUCUUACGGAUCGGUGAUCAAGCUGAUGCAUGAAAGGACAGAAUUCAGGCUGCACUCUCACCCAGUGCCUUAUGGAUCAGGGAGUGGACAGCAAUCUGUAACCAGUUUCUCCAAAGUCAAUGAUGCUAAUAGCUAUUGGGUUGUUAGGCCUACACUUGAGACAUCUGUAAAACAGGGAGAAAGUAUAAAGAGUGGGACCAUUAUUAGACUACAACACCUCAAAACAAGAAAAUGGCUCCAUAGCCACUUGCAUGCUUCCCCACUUUCAGGCAAUCUUGAGGUGAGUUGCUUUGGAGAUGGUGGUAGAUCAGAUAGUGGAGAUCAUUGGAAACUUGUAAUUGAGGGAAGUGGGAAAAGUUGGAAGCAAGAUCAAAAAAUAAGACUUCAUCAUGUUGACACGAGUGGAUAUCUUCAUAGCCAUGACAAGAAAUAUAGAGGCGUUGCUGGUGGUCAGCAAGAGGUUUGUGGUGUAAAGGAGAAAAGUGGGGAUAGUAUCUGGUUAGCAACAGAGGGCAUCUUUUUCACGACUAAUGAAAAGAAAUGAAUGGGUUGUUUUCGAAGAUCUCUUGACUAAAAACAAAUUCGCAUUUUGCAUUUUUGGUUGAUAAAAAACGUACCACUUUUUUCAUAAUGCUUUGAGUUUCAUUGCAUCUUCUUUUGUUUCCACGAUUUUUGUUUGUUUAUACAUUGCCUAAAUAUACUCUACCUUCAAAUUGGCUAUUUGUCAUUAUUUUUAAUGAUUAUGUUUGGUUAGCUUGUGAUGGAUGG